AUGCAGACAUGCCCCGUCGUCCAGCAGCUCAACGCCGCCAAGCGCGCCCACUUCGAAUCAUCCCCCUCCUCCCUCACGACCACCCUCUUCUCCGUGCUCUUCCCCGGCUCCCCCGCCGUCAACGCCCUCCUCGCCACGCUCUACAUCUCCGGCCCGCCCAACUUCCUCCUCGCCCUCGUCCCGACAGACAUCGACCCGUCCUCGCUCUCCGUCAUGGUCGCCUUCGCCGUCGGCGGCCUGCUCGGCGACACCCUCUUCCACCUGCUGCCCGAGAUCUUUGUCGGCGAGGACGAGGCGGACAGGGCGCGCUUCGUGCUGGUUGAGCCGAAUCGGAACCUCGUCCUCGGCUUGGCCAUCCUGGUGGGCUUCAUGACGUUUGUGGCCAUGGACAAGGGGCUGAGGAUUGCGACGGGCGGUGCCGGGCACGAGCAUUCGCACGGGCAUUCGCAUCAAGAGCAGCACAAGGUGUCGACAGACGUCGGCAUCUCCACCGGCGCGAGCACGCUCAAGAACGAAGCCAAGUCGCGAAAAGCAAACAAGAGCGCCAAGAAGAACCCUGUCGACGAGCAAUCGCAGCUCAAGGAGAUUAACCCCAGCGUAAAGCUCGGGGGCUACCUCAACUUGAUCGCCGACUUCACCCACAACAUCACCGACGGCCUCGCCAUGUCCGCCAGCUUCUACGCCUCGCCCACCAUCGGCGCAACCACCACCGUCGCCGUCUUCUUCCACGAGAUCCCCCACGAGGUCGGCGACUUUGCCCUCCUCGUCCAGUCCGGCUUCUCCAAGCGCGCCGCCAUGGCCUCCCAGUUCGUCACCGCCAUCGGCGCCUUCAUGGGCACCCUCAUUGGCAUCGCCGUGCAGGAGUUUGGGUCUGGUGGUGCUCAUGGUGAUGAUGGUGGAGCCAUGGCCAGGAACGCCGGGCUUUGGGGCACGAGUCUUACCUGGGGCGACAUGUUGCUGCCUUUUACGGCGGGAACCUUUCUCUACGUCGGCACCGUCGCCGUCAUCCCGGAGCUGCUCGAGACGGGCCCCAACAAGAUGCUCGAGCUGCGCAAGACGCUGACCCAGUUCACCGCCGUGGCCGUCGGCGCUGGCAUCAUGCUGUACAUAUCAUGGCACGAGUGA